GGCCGUGGCACCAUAACCCUCGCCCUAAUCGCCCAUCGCGCCUCCCUCACCGCCCUCGCCUCAACCUAUCCCCUCCGCCUUAUCUCCCCGCGCUCACACUCGACGCUCGGAACCCAUGCCGCCGUCUACGUGCUCACGUUCGGUGGUGGCGUCCUUAGCACCGACCGGCUGUCGCUGGAUGUGAGGGUGGGGAGGGGAUGUGCGUUGAGUUUGCAUACGCAGGGGAAUACGAAGAUUUUCAUGCCGCCCCCGACUACUGUGGGGUUGGAUGAUGGUGCCGGUAGUGGUCAGACGCACACGAGGGGGAGGAGAAGGCAAGCGCCGCAUCAGCUGCUUACGUGCAGGAUCGAGCCUCAUGCGCUGCUAUGCGUGCUGCCAGAUCCAACUACUCUGUUUGCCGGCGCGUCAUACACCCAGCAUCAAACGUUCCACCUUGCGAACGAGGAUGCGUCGUUGGUUUUGCUGGAUUGGUAUACGUCUGGCAGAGCAAGUCGCGGGGAAGUGUGGGCUUGGGAGAGGUUUGAGAGUCGGAACGAGGUUUUGCAUAGUACAUUGAAGGAGACUUGUAUUCUACGCGACACAUGGCUUCUCGAAAACACUGCCGCUUCACCAAAACAGCAAACUACAUAUGCAUCCCGGAUGGGCCAUUACCACUGCUUCGCCAACUUGAUCCUCAUCGGGUCGCGCACAUCACAAAUUCGGAAGCGGAUUGAAGAGGAGUUUGCCAAGAUCGUCAUUGUCACUUCUGGAUCU